AUGAGAGGACAGAAGACAGAGAUUUACGACAUGUGCAGGGCUGGAUCUGAAAAGGACCUUGUCGAACGCCUCAACCGUAUCGAACAAGCUCUCGAGGCGGCUCGGCGGAAUCAUGGCGCCCAGGAUCCUGGGGACGAGGGUCGGGACCAAUCCAUGUCCCCGUCGUCAUCGUCGGCGCCAAUGUCAACAGUCGGCGGCCCGGACGCCCCGGCCGCCGACGGUACCCCGGAGGCAUCCCAAGUCCGAGCCUAUGACUCAUCUAUGAGGGCUUCCGGCGCUACCGUAGGGAAGAUGCACUUUGCAGGCUACUACAUGGGUGAUAUUAGCUCUUACAAUGGCGUGCCCUUCUUCUCCACUGACGGGCAGGAAUGGAUUCGGUCCCGAGCUGGAGAGGACGCCUCCAUCCAGACCCUGUUCGCUCUGGGGCCCCUGUGGCAGACCCAGCACCCCGUUCCCAUCCUCCUGAACGGAUUCCCGCAAUCUGGUCCAGGAGGGGAAUUGCCCGAUAGGGCGACCGUUCAGGAGUAUCUGGCGCUAUUCUCGGCGUCUCAUUUUGCAUUAUCAUUCCCAGUCAUUGAUCAUGUCUUGUUCCAAGAGACAAUUGACGUUGCCUACCAGCCGUAUGAGGGAUCACCAAGUCUCGAGGUCGUCACGGCCAAGGCCCAAGUCUUUGCCUUCUUUGCAGUUGUGUCUCUUUUCCAGGAAGACUGGAAGUCAUCGCCCGAGAUCGAUGGCGAGGCCUGCGCAGGAGCAGCUCAGAGCCUGCUGGCGAUGAUCCUGCAGGACACGAACAUGCGGGCGCUGCAAACCGUCUUCUUGCUGAGUCUGUAUCACCUCUUUUGCGGCCACCUCCAGCAAGGAGCAAUGUUCCAUUCCGCCACGUGUCGAGUCUUGUUUAUGCUCGGGGGCCACCUCGAGCCCGGCAUAAGCCGAACCCCCCAUCAGUCACCCAAGGUUGGGAACGAUCAUGCAUUGCGUGAGCAGAAUCAGUUACGAAGGCUGUUCUGGUUGUCGUACAAGCUCGACAAGGAGAUCUCUCUCCGUACUGGCCAGCCACCAAGCAUUGAUGACGAGCAUUGCGACCUGACCCUCCCGCAAAUGGAUUGGUGGAAUCGUCAUCGUGAUGGCGAUAUGGGAGGAUCGCCGUCCUUCCUUGACGAAGCAACUAUCACGUCGGCAUUGCAACCGGACUCGCUGCAGUUGACCAUCAUCAAGUCAAAGAUCAGUCGCACCCUGUACUCUGUUGCGGCCCUCAAGAAGGGAGAUGCCGAGGUGCUGAGAGACAUCCGCGAACUGGACGACGAGCUGGAGCAAUGGCGAAUGUCGGUGCCUCAGUCAUAUCGACCGACUCUGACCUUUCCUCGGGGGACGGUCUGUGUCAGAAAAGGUCGGUUGGGUAUGGAGGAGAUCAUCCUCCAUUUCGAGUACCACUACCUGAUGGCCAUGAUCCAUCGAGCCAGUGGCAGAUGUCGGUGUUGGAACAGUGGUGAGGGUGGCGGAUUGGAGGGCGUCAGUUCAAGCCUGACGCUGUCGGUACAGGCCAGUCGGUCGACGUUGUAUUUUCUUCGAGCUGCUAUCCACGGAGUCGAGGAGGUGGCGUUCUGGAUGGUUGUCUUUUAUCCAAUGUCGGCAAUCCUAACCAUCUUCUGCAACUUGCUGCAUGAGCCGCUCAACUCCCAGGCAGAAGAGGAUAUCGAGCUGUUGAAGUCGGUGCCGAAGUUGAUCGAAGGGAUGCGGAAUCGACGCUUGACGCCACAUGAGGUCUCCCAUGUCAACAUGAUCGAUGCCUUUGUUGGGGAGCUGACCCGACUGGGUAACUGUGCUAUUGCGAAGGCGCGAUCCGAGCAGCAAAUGGAGGGAUGA